ACGGUGUUUGUAAAAGGAAAUGAUAAAACCCGAAAGCCUUUCUGGUUUGUUUACAGAGCUGUUCCACCCAGGGUGCUACAUUUACAUUUACAGAUAAAGAUAGAAAUGUAAACAUGACAAGAAAAACGCUUUGUGAUUUUUCCGCCGGCUUCUCGUUGAACAAUGUGCGGGUCUGUUUUAAGGGUGCCAAUAAUUUUUUCUUUUAGAAGAGCUGACAGAACAAAGGCCUCCUUACUUUUCCAAUUUUCUUUAAAUUUAGUUACAGUUACAUUUAUAUAGCGCUUUUUCUAGCCACUCAAAACACUUUACAUAGUAUGGGGGGAGCGUCUCCUCAACCACCACUAGUGUGUAGCAUCCACCUGGAGGAUGCGACAGCAGCCAUAGUGCGCCAGUACACCCACCACACACCAGAUAUUAGUGGAGAGGAGAGAGUGACGUAGACAAUUCAGAGAUGGGGAUUAUUAGGGGGCCAUGAUAGAGAAGGGCCAAUGGGGGAAUUUUGCCAGGACCCCGGGGUUAUACCCCUACUCUUUUACUGUAAGUGUCCUGGGAUUUUUAAUGACCACGGAGAGUCAGGACCUCGGUUUAAUGUCUCAUCCAAAAGACAAUGCUGUUUUUACAGUACAGUCUCCCCGGCACUAUUCUGGGGCAAUAGGCCCCACACAGACCACAGAGUGAGCGCCCCCUGCUGGCCUCACUAAUACCACUUCCAUCAGCAACCUUACUUUUCCCCAGGAGGUCUCCCACCCAGGAACCUGGAGCCUAUCCCAGGGCGCAUCAGGCACAAGGCAGGGUACACGCUGGAUGGGGUGCCAAUCCAUCAUACAAUCACAUGCACAGUCACACACCCAUUAUACACGAUGGACACACCUAUCAGCCUACCAUGCAUGUCUUUGGACUAGGGGAGGAAACCAAAGUACCCAUCAGAAACCCUCGGAGCGGCGGGAGUCGAACCCCCAACCCUGGCGAUGUGAGGCAAACGUGCUAAUCACUAAACCACUAUCAGUUUUCUCUCUGGGUCUCUGGGUGGGCUUUACAGUCCCCCUCUCUCAGUUCACUGUACCACUGUAGUUCAGUAACUCUGUAGUGUCCACACACACACUCACACACACACUCACAAAAAAAGAAAAUACAACACGCACUUCACCCCACACUACACUAAAGUGUAUCCCUGGUUAAUAGGGGUCAAAAAUAAUGAGAGUUUUGCUCACAGCACUGUUUUCAACAGUGACUUUUCAAUUGCCCAUGGUGGGUGAAAUUAUCGUAAAGGACAUGUUGCAUAAAUGUCAAUAAUUAAACAUUUUUAUUUUUUUAAAAAAAAUCUGUUUAUGUGGAGGGUUCACUGUAGGAGUCCCUGUGUGUGUAAGUACUUACAAUAUCAGAUUAAUUAAAUUAUUGUGUUCCUCGCUGUGCCAAUACUUAUAAUCUGUGAGGAAGUGAUGUCAUACUUUGGGGACUUAAUGUCAUUUGUUAUAAUAAAACAUAAAGACACUGUUCAUAUCAUUUACUUAUAAACACUGAAUGUUAACAAAAUGGCAUCAGUAUGACAGAAUUAUUAUAAUUAUUAUUACUAGUAGUAGUAGUAGUAAUAGUAGCAGUAGCAAUCUAAUGGACGAAAUAAACACAACAAACACUGAAUAAGCGUUUCUAUGCAGCUGACGUUAAUACGUUGAGGUCCAAUCCUAGGCCGCCAUUUUUGUUUACGUCAUUACGCUCUCGCCCAAUCGGAAUUCACGAGCGCGCGCAUAGAUUUGAGAGCUUGGUUUCUUUGGUGACUACGUCGCAACGUAACAGCUGAUGUCACAAGAUGGCGGAUGCACCGGCCACAUAUGUUGGAAGGAAAACAUUAGAUCGGAUAAUAUAAUCGCCACUAAAACAUAAACACAGAGAGAGAGAAAAAAAAUCUUUAAUCGAAGGUGAGAUUUUAAAUAAAUAAAUAAAUAAAUUAGUGAGAGCCGGAAUGUGGGCGGAGGAGACGGUGGCCUCGGAUAGCGAGGCUGCAGGUGAGCGCUGGGCUCCGGUGGGCGCCGUCACUAAUCCCGAGGAUGAGCGCAGUCAGAGUCCGGAAGGACAUGGAGCUCCGGGCGGCGAGGCGGAAAUGGCGACGCGGCUGCGGCGGCUGGAGGAAGAGCACGAGCAGCUGCACUCAUCCCUGCUGGCGCUCACGUCGCACUUCGCCCAGGUGCAGUUCCGCCUCAAGCAGAUCGUCCACGGCCAGAGCGAGGAGGAGGACAAGGAGAAGAUGCUGAAGGAGCUGGAGGAGUUCGCCUUCAAAGGAUGUCCUCAUGUUCUGGGCUGCCGCGCGCAGCAUCCGCUCCACAACUCGAGCGAGAGGGAAAAGAGGGAGCGCCUGGAGGCUCAGAGAGAAAAGCAGAAGGAGCUGAUUGUCCAGCUGAAGGUGCAGUUGGAUGAUUUGGAGCGUUUCGCCUACCAGGAAGGCAGCUAUGACUCACUCCCCCAGUCUGUCGUCAUGGAGAGGCAGAGGGUGAUCAUCGACGAGCUGAUUAAGAAGCUGGACGUGAACCUGAACGAGGACAUCGGGAACCUGACGCCCGAGGAGCUGCGACAGCGUGUGGACACCGCCAUCGCGCAGAUCGUCAACCCCGUGCGCGUUAAAGAGCAGCUGGUGGAACAGCUCAAAACCCAGAUCAGAGAUUUGGAGAUGUUCAUUAACUUCAUACAAGAUGAAGUGGGGAACCCGCUCCUGUCAGACAGAGGGAGCAGCCAGCAGAGUCAAUCCACCGGACCCAAACCACGAGGACACGGCGGCAUGAAGCAAGUGGACCCUGAGCGUGCAGAACAGCUGCGUGCCAGCGGGCUGCGUCUGGUCCAGCGGGCUUUAGCGGUACUGCAGAUCUUUGCUCUGAGCCAGCUGGGCUGUUCAGCAGGCACCAUGUCACCAAAGGCGUGGCCGCCAGCCGACGGAGCUUCUGAUUACGGCCCCCUGCUGAACAAACUCGAGGGAGCCGUGGAGCGCGUACGCCUCCUCGCCUCUUGCCUCCAACCUGCAGGUCAGGACGAGCCUGUGGUGAGCUACACGUCCGCGGCGACGCCCUCGGCCGCCCCUUCAGGACCUCGGCACGACCUCGUCGUCGCCGUGAGGAAAGAUCUGUCCCUGGCGCUGCGCGACCUCCUCGCUCACGGCCUUUACGCGCCCUCCGAAGGCAUGAGCCUGGUCCUGGCGCCUAUUUCCUGCCUCCUGCCGUUCUCCGGAUCCUCGCAGCAGGACUCGCUGCACCCCUGGGAGCUCUUCGUUAAGUAUUAUCGCGGGAAAAACGGCCCAGCUUUCGCCGAAUCGCCCGCUCGGCAGUUGUCGCAGUCCUUCAGCCUGCCUGUCGGAGGAACCUCGACGGUUGUGACUCCGAAACACUCGCUCCUGUGGGCGGUGCACAGCGUACUCCGGGAGCACGGACGCUACAAACGCAGCGCGGACUCCGAGUUCAAGGCGCUGGUGUGUAUGGCACUGAACGAGCAGAGGCUGGUGUCCUGGGUCAACCUGCUGUGCAAGGCGGGGACUCUGAUCCACACUCACUACCAGCCCUGGAGCUACAUGGCGCAGACCGGCUUCGAAGGGGCGCUAAGGAUUCUGGGACGCCUCAGCCACCUGAAAUUCGAUCUACCCGUCGAUUUAGCGGUGCGACAGCUCAAAAACAUCCAGGACGCGUUCUGAGUCCGUCGGCGUCUGAUUAUUUCAAAGAGGACGAGAACAGAGUCCAAAUGUCUGAUCUGAUCUGAUCCGAUCUUAAAACCAACGAACUGUCUUUAUUUCAUCAGCAUCCAAGAUUUACUUUUAAUCGUGUAAAAAUUAAAUAAAUAAAUAAAUAAGGUAGAUUUGUUUAAUAUCUAAAAGUGUUUCCAGACCUGAAAAUAAUCUCAUCAUUUUAAAGACGCAUAUUCUGAAAUAUUCUGAAAUAUCGGAAAUAAGCUCCGCCCCCACCAUGUGAGGCAUACUGCAGUUUCAGCUGAGGGGGGCGGAGUCUGUGAAAUGAAAAACGCUUAUCAGAGGGCUCCUAAUGUUACAAACCGCUCCUUUAAUUUGUUUUUGGGUAACACCAUCCACACCACGGUUAAAGAACCUGACCUGAAGCUCUUGACCUGUAUCUGCACGAUGGUAUACGCUGUGCUGCUGCAACACAAUUGGCUGAUUGGAUAACUGCAUAAAUGAGCAGGUGUUCCUAAUAAAGUGGAUGACGAGUGUGUAAUUCUACGUUUAUUCUAGCAAGUGACAAGUCACGUUUGUUGCGAUGUUGACCUCUUGUAGACGAGUACCAACCGUUACUGCCGUAGCUUGUGGGCGUGGCCUGUCCAGUGACAUGCUACUUCCUUCCAAGCUUCAUUUUUCAUAUACGCGUCUAUUGAGAGGACGCACAGUAUACGACAGGAUAAGACGAAACCUCCUGUUGUUUUUUCGCGACAAACAGUAAACGCGAACUAACACGCCGAAGAAACGUCUUCGUUUAAAAACAAAGCGUACAAAGAGAUUUCAGAGAUUGUUUUAAAGCAGGUAGAAAAUCUGUGCUGUUGUUUUUUUCCGGGCUGGAAAAAAUGUAAACGAUGACAACCUGAAAUUUAGAAGGGGAAAAAAAAAAACUAGUGAAGCUAAAAGCAUGGCACUGUUCCAAAUGACAAUGUUUUAAGGGAUCGGUGAAAUGAUGGGGUUGUUACAGGGGUGGAAACACUUUCAGAAAUCACAGACUGCACCUUUAAUAUUGUUUUGUUCCUGUUUAUUGAAUUGAAGUUGGAGAGACAGUAAAGUUUUACAUUUUUUUGCUAAAGUGAUCCUGGGAAUUUCUUUCACCUCCUGUAUGUCUGUGAAGUGAGGUGUGUGUGUGUGAGAGAGAGAGAGAGUGAGAGCUGACUAUUUGCUGCUACUAAACAUCUUUCAGGUUGCAGGUUGAUCCGAUCGACUUCCCGUCACGUUCCUUUUAUACUGUAUAUUUUCACAGUCGCUGAAUCUCCUUGGACUUCCCUGAAAUCUUGAAUGUAAAUCCAUACUACUGUGCCCUACUAACCCUUUUUACUGCAGAUUUCUUUUUCUGGGUUUUUUGGUUGUUUUUUUUCUUGAGAAAAGUUAAAGGUAUAUUUUUAUGGACCAGUUUGAUAAAGAACCCCGGAUGUGAUGAAUACAUGUGUUUCACAUUUAGUUUUAUUUAUUUCAUUCGGUUUGUGGUUCCUUUUUCUCAGAUGAUGUGCUCAUCUCAGACCUGCACCUUCUUGUUUUAUUUUUCCCACCUUUGAAUAAAUCUUUUAUUAGUGUCGGAUAUGUUCGUUUGGGUUUGUGUGCGUGUUGAUGUCAUCAUGAUUCAUAAAAUGUCAUUUAUCUUUAGUUGAUCUUUACUUCCCAUUUCCUUUAGCAUCAUUGUUAUUAGAUUUUUAAUUUAACUUUUUAUUCUUUUGCCCCCGCCCCCUUUGUGUGUGUGUGUGUGUGUGUGUGUGUGUGUGUGUGUGUGUGUGUGUGUGUGUGUGUGUGUGUGUGUAAGAUAGAAGGAUUAUGUAUUGUACUUGAAAAUAUAUUUGAUUCAGGUUGAUUCAGUUGCUGUAUUAAUAAAAAAAUCAUGAAGGGGUUGAUGGGAA